AGAACUUAAAAUCGACGCUUGAUUUAGUUGCCCUUCUAUUUCAGGUAAAUUCAAAAUGGCCACCAAAAAGUAUGCAGGACCUUCCCCUUACACCUUCAAGCCUUCUUACCCAGCUGAGGACUUCUUGCACACCGAGUAUGUUGAAUCAGUGACAGCUGACGCCAGCGCCAAGAAGAAGGUGGCCCCGGUGGUCGGCGCCAUCUUCGGUCUCGGCCGCGCUGGCUCCAUCCAUCUGUCCAGCAUCAUCCGGAACCCCCGUAUCAUCGUCAAGUACAUCGUGGACGACCGCCAGGAGAGGUUCGCAGAGCUUCGCGCCUACUGGGGCCUUAGCGAUGAUGUGCAAUUUAUCACCUCCAAGGACGCUGACCGUGUCUACAAGGAUAAGGCUGUGAACGUUGUGUUCAUCGCGUCUCCUACCUUCACCCACCACGACAUCGUGGUCAAGUCCCUCGCCGCCGACAAGGACGUAUACUGUGAGAAGCCCAUUGCUGAGAACAUUGAGGACACGAAGAAGUGCUACGAAGCCGCUAAGGCCAAGGGCAAGGCUCUGUUCGCCGCCUUCAACCGUCGCUUCGAUGAGUCCUACAGGUCCCUGAAGGAGAGAGUCAGGAAGGGAGAGGUCGGCCACGUUCAGAUCCUCAAGGUCACCGCCAGAGACUCCCCUCUUCCGUCUGUUGACUACUUGAAGACAUCAGGCGGCAUCUUCCACGACUGCCUGGUGCACGACUUCGACAUGGCGUGCUGGGUGCUGGGCGAGCUGCCGACGCGCGUGCAGGCGCACGCCACGGCACUCAUCCCCGAGAUCAAGGCCAUCGACGACUUUGACAACGUGGCGUUCCUUCUGUCCUUCCCGUCUGGCGCCGUGGCGCUCGGCGACAACAGCCGAUUCUCCGCCUACGGAUACGACCAAAGGCUCGAGGCUUUUGGAAACAAGGGAAUGAUCAAGGUUGAGAACGAGAGGCCGACCGCGUCGACGGAGGCCUACAUCGACCACGAGGGCAUCAAGCAGAGCCCCAUCUUCUACUCCUUCCCCUCCCGCUACAAGCGCGCCUACCAGAAGGAGCUGGAGCACUUCCUCGAUGUCGUCCAAUACAAAGUCCCCAUGGAAAUUACCAGCUGGCAGACGUUGGCCAUCAGCAAGCUGGCGACAGCAGCGGAGCACAGCGCGCGCACCGGCAAGGCUGUGGAGCUCGACUGGAGCAAGGAUGGCAUCCCCGCCCAGUACUCGUAGAUAUUAGACUACCCUCGCCUGAUCUUGGACUUGUAAAUAUUUCGCGGUUGUUAUAUUGUUAAUUUCAAAAAUACAAAAAUUAAUUUAUAAAAAAUA